CUUGGCGGCCGGGAUUCUUUCAGUCAGUCAGAAGGAGAACAGAACCGGGGAGUAUGAAACUAUCAGAAAUUCAGGAAGACGGUGGAAGACUUACAUGAUCGGAGACAAAAUGCGGCUGCUACACAUCGUGGUGGUGUCUGUGGUGGCCCACGGCCUCUUGCUGCUCAAACGCGUCAACGGGGAAACAUCUCCUAGGGACGUGGAGAGGGCGCUUGAGGAGGCGCUCAAACACAUCAGGGGCCUGACCUCCAGUGCCGAGAAGCCAGAUAUAUCGGAGGCAACUCUUAAUCUAACGGUAGCUAUACAAGAUCUAACGUCUGCAGUCAUGAAUAAUACAGAGAUGAUUGCUACUGCACUGGGAGACAGAGAACCUUUCAGCGGCGACCAGUUGCCAGGGAGGACGAAAUGUGAACCGCCUUUCUUCCCCUUGAGAUCAGAAUGUUUCUACGUCAACAGAUACAAGCUUGUUUCGUGGGCUGAAGCCCGCGAAUUCUGUAAGGGUCUGGGUGGUGACCUCGCUGUGCCCAAUGAUGUCAACACUUUGAGGGCAACGCUACUGGACAAAUUCCCUGAGGAUCAGUACAAGUCCUUCUGGAUCGGAGCCAAGGAAUCAGGCUCCGAGGGCUCGUGGGUGUGGGUCUCGACGAAGCCCUUCCAGGCCAAGGACUGGGCUACGGGACAACCCGACGGCGGGAACGAAAACUGCGUCAUCCUGAGUCGCGACGAUUACCCGCCCCUUCACGACAGCCCUUGCUACCUCAACACUCUCUUCAUCUGCGAGAGGGUCCUGCGACUUCAGCAGUGAGCGAAUGGAGUACGCCGUGGGGGCUUUCAGGGGGCGGAGGAAGGUUUUGCGGGGGUCAUGGUGCAGGAGGAAGAGAGGAAUCGUAGCGGCAUACAGGAGAAAGGAUGCUUCACAGCAGGAGAAAAAAGGAGGAUCUCGAGAUGAGUGAACUCUUCCACACAGGAAGUCCAGGGAACGAGCAGAAAUGUAGAAGAAUGAUAAUAUGCUUUUUGUUUUGUGCCUGUUACUGUAUACAUGUUGAGUCACUGUUUAACUUAGUAUAUUUCUCCGCAAUGUAUUCAAGCUAUUCUCUAUGUUCACGCCAGUUUAUGGCUCCUGAAAGUCAGGAGGAAAUCUAUUCACAUUAAGACUAUGAGAAGCUGUAAAAUGAGUUCGCGAGAUUUCGCCAUUACAAAGUGCCUGCGCAACUGCUUAUUGUUUGUGAACAUCUUUGUUCAAACUUGAAAUUUCCCUCACUAAAAAUGUCAAAAACUGCUUGCAACUCUGCUUUAGUAACUUUUAUAACGUCUUCACGUUUAUCAACUGUGCCUUGCUAUGUCCAUUAGUCUAUGGUCAUUUGAGAGAAAAGAUACACACACAUGUAACACACACACACACACACACACAUAUAUAUAUAAAUAUAUAUAUAU